AAAAUAAGAAGCUGAUUAAAAGUCUAUUCAGACAUUUUUUUAAAGAUACAUUUUACUUCACCCUAAAGGAGUCUAAAUAUAAAGUAUUCGGUGAUAUGAACAUAAACAUCGAGCUCAUGGAAAGAUGACAGUAUUUGUUCUCAAACAGGUUAAAGUGACAACACGUAAACUUGGUCUCAUAGAUUUCAUAGAUCCCGUCGCAGAGUGAGAACUGACUGACAGCUGAUUGGUCAGAGUCUUCAUCUUGUCAGGCGGCGGGUUGCGGGUUUAGCUGAGAGGCGUGGCUUGUCAAACAGCUGGAGAGAUAUGCGACGAUUGAGCACGUGACAUAUUGAACACAUUGGCGCGUCGCUCCCACUCUGUCUCUCUCCUUCCGGUGCAACUGGUCGUCUUUUGACCACUCCGCGGGCUCAAGGUGGGACGCAAGCCUCGUUGUCACGAUGUUUGACUUGAAGAAGAGGAAUAGUUUGACCCUGAACUGCAGCGCGGAGACGGAGGAGUUCAGGCGAGUGGCUGUCAGGCGGAAGGUCAAAGGUGCUGCGGUGGACAGCCUCGCUUCACACACAGAGGUGAGCAGUGGGCUGUGCGGCUCGUACAGCUGUGGCAGCGCUUGUUCCAGAGUCUGCGGAUCGGAACCAAACAUCAGACCCAACGCAGAGGGAGACGACGAAAGAAGCCCGGCUGAAGGGUCGCCUCGCAAAACACGUGUGCCAACUGAGCCGGCUCACCUGCAGAGCCGGGCUCACGGCCACAGUCAACCCGUUAACGGCGUGGAGCAAGACCACAGUCCCAAAAGAGGUCGCGGAGUUUCUGUUUCCGGUGUCGGCCCAGAACCGGAUUGUCUCGGCUCAACAAGUCCAAUCAGAGGAGGCUCGAAGUAUUUGUUGAAUGGAGCGUCUGCCAGGCGUACUCGGGGGACUCCACAUAUGACAAGCAGUCCACUGUUGGGACCUCCGAGUCCGGGAGAAGGAGACAUUCCGAGCUGUAGCCCAUCGAGGGGCGGGGGAGGGGAAGGAGAGCACAGUCCUGCCAAACUGUCCCAGAGGAAGCACAGCGCUCUCAGAAGAUUUCUGCGUACCCCCAGCCCGACGCAGGGGACGAGCAAGAGCGACAGCGCUGCCAAGAAGUCUAAAUCCUGGCUUGGACUGCACAGAAUCCCAAACGGCAAGAUGGAAGCGCAAGAGAAGAGAGCGGGGAAGUCUUUGAGCGUGCCUGACUUGAUCGUUUACUUGGAUGAGAGCAGGAUUGAAAAAGUUGAACGCUCUCCACUGAAACCGCUGCAGUCUCCCAACUGCAGCGGGUCAGCCCUCACCAUCGAAGUACCAGUUGGCCAUCGACUCGGUCAUGCCAAAAGCGAAGCCCAGCUAUCGAGCACCGGCAGAGCGCAUUCCCCGGGACAAGCGAAUGUCAGACUUUGCUCAGCAAUAAACGGAACGGGGAUAGAUGAUAACAUGGAAGAAGGCAUGAUACCAGUCGGGUAUGGCUCCAAGUCUUUCUGCCACUGGAAUGAGGCCACGAGAACGACAGAAGACGGCAGGAUUCAGAAGGAGUCUCAAGGGGAACAAAAUGCUGAGGAUCUGAGAAAGGAUGGAGGAGGAAGUGAGCCAAAAGAGGAGGAGAACAAAGAGCAGAAAUUGUACCGGCUAGCCAAUGAACUCCUGCAGACGGAGAGAGCCUACGUGGCUCGCCUCCACCUGCUCGACCAGGUGUUCUGCUCAAGCCUCAUGGAGGAGGCAGGCCGCGGCUCGUUUCCCCCCGACUUGAUAAGAAAUAUCUUCUCCAAUAUUUCCUCCAUAUACUACUUCCACAGCCAGUUCCUGCUACCCGACCUGGAAAAAUGCAUGGGCCACUGGUGCGAGAGCCCGGGCCUGGGAAGCGUUCUGCUUCAACACGCACCCUUCCUGAGGAUGUAUGCCGACUACGUCAAGAACUUUGAGCAGGCCAUGGAGCUGGUGAGGACCUGGAAUGAACGCUCCUCCGUCUUCAGAACCAUUGUCCAGGACAUCCAGAGUCGAGAGGUGUGUGGCAGCCUGACCCUGCAGCACCACAUGUUGGAACCGGUCCAGCGGGUUCCACGUUAUGAGAUGCUGCUCAGGGAUUACCUGAAGAAGCUGCCCAGGGAUAACCCAGAUUAUGAUCUGGCUCACAAAUCCUUGCAGAUGAUUUCCAUGGCGGCCACCCACUCCAACAGCGCCAUCCACAAAGCUGAGAGCCGGAAGCGGCUGCUGGAGAUCUACGAGAUGGUUGGCGAGGAGGAGGUGGUCAACCCGACUAACGAGUUCCUCAGGGAAGGACGUCUGCUCAAGCUCGCUGCCAGGAACACAUCCGCCAUGGAGAGGCACCUGUUCCUGUUCAACAACUUUCUGCUGUGCUGCACUCCGAGGUUCAGCCUCGUCGGGCAGCGGUUUACUGUCCGCUGCAGGAUCGGCGUGGACGGCAUGCAGGUGCAGCAGACCACCAAUGAAGACCACCCACACACGUUCCAGGUCUCUGGAAAGGAGAGGACCCUGGAGCUGCAGGCCAGCUCUGAACAAGACCGAGAUGCGUGGAUUCAGGUAAUUCAGGAAGCCGUUGACGUGUUCCUGAAGAACCAUGAAACCUUAAAAUUGGCUUGUAAGGAGCUAAAUAUAGAAGAAUCUACGGAGGACCUCGGCCGACGUGCCCCUCGCUGGAUCCGGGACAACGAGGUGACCGUGUGCAUGAAAUGCCAGGAACACUUCAACGCUCUCACCAGGCGAAGGCAUCACUGCAGAGCCUGCGGCUGCGUGAGUGACGGCACGCCGCCGGCCUCGUGCCGAACACGCCACAUGGGCCAAACGCUCUUUUUCAGGACACUAUCGCAGUGCCGGUUUUCUCUGCUCCCCCAGGUGGUGUGCGGGAAGUGUUCAGACUACAAAGUGGCUUUGGAGUACGACGGCAACAAGAUGAGCAAAGUGUGUAAAGCCUGCUACUCCAUCCUGAUGGGGAAGAAGAGACGGAUACUGGAGUCGGAGGCAUCUCCUGUGUCCAGUGACUGUGUGAUGAGUGGCUUCCUGCUGUAUGGGGACCACCCAAAGACCUGGCAACAGACGUGGUCCGUCGUCACCCGUUCUGACCCCGCGGCCCUCCUCCUGUACACGGCUCCACAGGACGUGAAGCCCCUCUCCAGUAUCCCACUCCUGGGCUGCAGUGUGGAGGAUUCCCCUCAGGAGCUCUGGGGUCAGCCUUGUUUCUGUGUAAGGCAACCCAGAACCACCCACACGUUCUCCUGCGAUGGCUUGGACCUCAAACAAAGCUGGCUGACCGUCCUGAAAGCCGCUGCGACGGGAAAGCACCACGACACCAACACCAACGGCUCCAGGUGGCACAUUACUGGUAGCUUCAGUGACGCGAGCGUGUGUCCUGGUGAGGAAUUCCUAAUCAUUGGCGACAAUGAAAAGAACUCGUGAAUGUUCGAGAUCGAGCGCGAUCGAAAGUACACCAACACACAACGACGGACCAAAGUAGGUAGCGUUGAAAUAAACUUUUAAUAAAAUGAAUAAAUAGAAAAAAAGUGCAAUUCAGGAAUGUAACGGUUGUUAUUGACAAUAUUCAGACUGAAAACUGCGUUUCCUUCAAACAGUGGUGAUGCACUUUAUUUCUGAAAUGGUUUUACGGUAAAAUAAAUAAAGUGACGGUGUUUUAACAUGA